AUGGCAACAACAAACUCAAUAGAUUUAUCCCUUUGGGCACACCAUAAUAAAAAGAAAAAACACUCAUCGGACAACCAAAGUCGUAAUACUUCAACAAAUAAUUCUGAUUGUUUAAUCCCAAAUAUUUUGCAUAAUACAAAUCAACUGGUGGACGAUACCAAUAAUAAUAACGUUGAUUGCGAUAACCAUAAUAGUUCUACAAAUCAAGAUUCAAUGGAGUUAAGAAACCUUACCCCUAGAAUGCCCUCUGCUGCAUCUGUAUCAGAUACAACUACAAUAUCAACAGAUACGACAUCAAGCGAGCCAAUAAGUACAGAAUCAUAUAACCAUCAAAAACCCAAACCUCAAAGAACUUCAUCUGUAACUUUCCAAUAUGAAGAUGAAGAUGCUACACAAAUGGAUUCAGAUGAUACAGAUGAUGCAGGCUAUACAGAUAGAUCAAACGUUCAUCUAACUUUAAUUACUACAGGCUCAAGAGAGAGCUCUCAAGCUGAGAAUUCCCCAUUAAAUGGUGCAAGAAAUACAGACAAUAAGGGUGCCAAAAAUUCAAUAAUUGCUGGUACAAAUAAUGAUGAAGGUGAGAACGAAGAUGAAGACGAAGAUGAAGAUGAGAUCGAAGAUGAAGAUGAAGAUGAUAAUAAAGAUAGUACACUUUCAACAAUAACGACGACAACAGGCACAAACAUGAAUUACGUAUCGCGAAUUAUAACGAGAGAUUUAGUAGUAGAUGAAGAUGAUACUGACAAUAGUGUUGAUCGAAUGACCUCUGUAUCAAGUGAUGAUUCAUCAGCUUCUGUCUUAAUUACAAGUAAUUAUACUGAGGCACCAGGUGAUCAGAAUUUAUUAAUACGAUCAAAUCAAACACCACCUGAAGAUUUACAGACUCCCACAGAAUCAACUAUUACAACCACGAAAAAAGGAAUUGCCUUUAUUCAUCCAAAAUCAAAAUGCAAUUCAAACUUACAAUAUGAAACAUUAAGUUCUUCAGCCAAUACAAAUCCUCAUACCGUAACCGAUAACGCACUAGAAACUAAUUCUUCUCGAAACACAACAGUAACCCCUCAAACAAAUUUACAUACUGAUUUAACUCCACACCAUUCACCCACUCGAUUAGAUAGUUAUUCAGUUCCUCCAAGCUCAUUGAAUAUUGCUGAAUUUCCAACUACUAAAUUAUUAGAAAUGUUAACUGCCUUAUUAAAUAAAAUUAUCAAAUCAAAUGAUUGCUUAGCUGGCAUACAGCCUGAUGCAUUAACAAAUGUUAAUACACCCCCUCAAAAUUUAACUACUAACAAUGGUGAAGUACCGAAUUAUUUAAGUUCCAUCUUAAGUUUUCGCGGUAAGCAUAUUCCACAAAUUACUUUAUUUCAAUAUUUUCAAAGAAUUCAGAAAUAUUGUCCAAUUUCAAACGAUGUAUUUUUAUCAUUGUUAGUUUAUUUUGAUAGAAUUUCUAAAAGAUGUAAUACUAUUUCUAGCAACGAUGUUGAAACAACAAAUAAUGAAAAUAAUGACAAAUUUAAUGACUUCACUCAUUCACCAAAUAAUAAUAAUAAUAAUAAUAAUAAUAAUAAUACAGUUAACUAUCAUCGCAAUCCCAAUAAUGACAAUAAAUCUUCAAACUCACCACAAGAUGAACAUCUACAUGAAAAUUUUAAAAACAUCAACUCACAAAAUAAUUCCCCUGCCGCUCGAAUCCCCUCUGAUUCAAAUGCCUUAUCACCCAAUUCUCAAGUAUUCGUAAUGGACUCCUAUAAUAUUCAUAGACUUAUCAUUGCAGGUGUAACCGUAGCUACUAAAUUUUUUAGCGAUUACUUUUAUAGCAAUGCAAGGUAUGCAAAAGUCGGAGGUAUAACAUUGCAAGAACUGAAUCACUUGGAAUUGCAAUUUCUACUAUUGUGUGAUUUCAAACUAUUAAUAUCUGUUAAUGAAUUACAAAGAUAUGCAGAUUUGUUAUAUAGAUUUUGGAAAAAUACAUCAAAUUCAACAUAG